AUGGAUAUUGUAGGGGAGAAUAUCAAGGACUGUGCUGCCAGUGCCUCCUUCUGCUUGGACACCAUACUUGUUUCUACUCUCUACAAUCCUUUGAUCUUUGGUGUGACGGUCGAGCCAUUCACUGCAUCAUUCUCGACUGAUGAAGCUGACCUUGGGUAUUCGUCCAUGCCCGCGGUAAAGGUGAAGGCGAGCUCCCAUACUGUUGUCAAUGAGACUGUUGUCGUAAUGGUCUCUAAUCGUAGUGAAUUCGAUCGUUUCUCAGCCGGUAUAAUCUCCAGAGAUCAGGUCACUAUGAGGGUAAAAGCUGACAUUGUAGCGAAAAGUUUUGGGAUCAAGUUUUCUGGUCUGAACUUGGAUAAGAACAUGACAUUUGAAGGGCUCAACAAUUUCGAGGGAGCACGUCCGUCUAUGGUCGAUCUUGAUCUGAUUACUUCCCUUGGCGAUGUCGUCAGAGGCAAGGCAAGAUUCCUAGCGACCCUCAAGGUCUACAAUCCCUCUGUUGUAACCGUGCGGGACGUUGGUCAGAUCUUCGGAGACAUCAUGUACAGUGGAAGCCAGAUUGGUAUGUUCAAGACAGCCGGUGAUGUUCCUCUCACUGCAGGCCAGAAUAGUAGCGUUGCUGCUGAGAUUGUAUUCUCAGCAAGCAUUGGGAUGCUACGGCUAGUUCGCGAUAUUAUCCUCACUCUUGUUGGUGGCGCUGAUGUUGUGGUUGAUGUCCGGGGGCGUAACUCGUCAAACACUAUCUUUGACCCUGCUGUGAAGUCUCUCGAAGUUAGUAUGCUCUUGGCUGUUUCCGGGGUCUCGAGUUCGACAGCUGGGGACGCGAGCAAGAAGCAAGAGGAUUACAUGGACACGAUGAGCACAGAUCAGAUGAACAAAACGUAUGGCGUUGGUUUCCGUCUGUUAUGUAAAAACGGGUACUCUGGCGAGGGCUCACUGGGUAAGACCAAUGAGGGAGUUGCCGCGCCCAUAGCGGUAUACCGCCGGAAAGAUAAAGAAGGACUGCGGGAUGAUGAGCGCGAGCAGCGAGUGAAAGAGAAGCAUCAUCGACGAUCACGACGUCAGAAAAAGAGAAGUGGUCGUGAACUAAUGGGCGACAUAGCAGUGCGGGAGAAACUACUACAAGGUUUGGUACGGCUGAUUCGGGCGACCGGCCAAGACCAGAUGCCUCUCUGGCUGGCUGCACACAAGGUUCAAAAUAAUCCCGAUAGACUCAGGAGUAUACUCACUCUUUAUCCCAAACACUUCCAAAUCACACAUUUUGAGGGGGAGGAUCAUGUGGUGCUAAGGAAUCUCUCUGCCGACACUAUCGUGUGCGAAUGCAGUGCCUGCUUCCCUACUAGGGAUGCUUGUAUUCUGCAUCUAACCGAGAUCGUAGUUAACCCAACCAAUCCAACUGAUGCUACUCAUCCUCAGCUAAUUGGCCGGCUUUCAGAGACCACAGGCAACAGUGUGGAUACUCUCUACUGCUUGGUGUGCGAUAUGAAGUGUCGGUCGGCGAUAUCACUUGCUGUUCAUGCACUAGGCGCCAGGGUUGAUGAGUCCAUCUCCGAGCAUCGCCAGUUUGGUUACUCCUUGCUCUGUGCGGCAGCCUCGGGCAACGAGGAUGAUUUCGAUGUGUUCUACAAAGCGCUUAAGGCUCACAAUCUCUCCUUUAAUUGGGAUUCCUUUGGAGCAGCUUGUGCUGAUCCUGGUGUGGAAAUCGAGUUCUCUGAGCCAGACGUCUUGUUCACCGUAGAGGUACAAUCAUGUGAUAGCAGUGAUGAUUCCAUCAGUGAAGUACCAGUAGUGGACCUUGACGAGAGCGAAGAGGAUUCCAGUGAUAGCGACUGUGUAGAGAUCGUAGAUUCCUCUCCUGUUCGACCAAAACCUCGGAAAUCGUCGACUGGGGAUUCCAGGCGAAUCACGACUGAGGUCAAGAGGGAUUUCGUGAGAUCUUCUCGUACGAUACCGAGCGCUCACUGUCUUAGCGAUAAUGCGGUUAUGAUUGUUGAAGAUAUUGAUGUCUGA